UUUUCUUCCAAUAUGAUAGGAAAUCUUAUUAUAUCUAAAUAACCUAAUUACAUGGGGGAAAUAAGAAUCCCAGUAAAAUAAAAGUUAAAUGGCACAACAAAUAUAAUUUAGAAUCCGAACCAAAAGGAACUCUCUCACCAAACCGUUACAAACAAAGCCGAUUUGUUUUCUUCAAAGAAAUCCAUCACACGGAUCUUUUGCUAUUCCGUUCCACUCACCUUUUAAAUCAAUACUCAAUCUCUGAUUUAUUCCAUUUCGUACAACAGCAUUAUGUUUCUUGAUAAUGGAGUUGAGUUCUCUCUAAAAGUUCUGAUAAACAAAGAGAAAAACAAAGUACUAUUUGCGGAAGUCGACAGCGAUUUCGCGGAAGUUGUGCUGAGUUUUUUAACUUUGCCAUUGGGAAAGAUUGUGAGAGUUCUGAAGAAGCACUACGGAGAUAAAGACGCAACGACACCUUUCAAUAUCGGAAGCUUAACCACUUUGUACGAUGGAUUAUCGAAUCUUGACGGCAUCAACUUACGGAGUACAUUCCGUAAGUCCAUGCUUCUCAAUCCCGUAAGUUCGUUUCAAGGUGAAUGCCGAAAGCUUAAACUCGAUAUCAGUGAUCCUUUGACCGCUAGGUACUUUUCUUGCCCGGAUUGGAAUUGUACACACCGAUGGUCGUCAAAGGUGGCAAUGCGAGGAGAUACUACCGUAACUUGCCUUUGUGGGAAAACGAAGAACAAAAGCGUUUAUUUAGAUGAGUCUGAAACUUCUCUUCAUGGAUCCGGUGGAGUUUUCACGAUUAAGACGACUUCUUUUUUGAUCUCUGAUGAUCUGAGAAUGGUGCCUAAUUUGGCGGUAGGCUUCGUGCAAACUCUCGGAAAUCUUGGCAUCACCGACACUAAAGGCGCAGAGCUAAGGAAUGUGACUUUUGGGUUCAAUGAGGUUAUGGAUUUGCUCAAGGGCUCGUUAACGUCGCGUACUCCGCUUACCGACCUUAUACUCAAUAAAACAAAGGUUUAUGAUGACUUUGCCAGGCUAAAAUAUGAAGCGGGAAUUUCCUUCCAAGAGAAGGAGAAUUUAGAAGCGACCAAGAAGAUGAAUUUAAGAUUGGUGGUAAAAAAAUCGAACAAUAAGUUAUUGUUUGCUCAAGGCGAUGACGAUUUCGUAGAUUUGCUUUUUUCUUUUCUUACCAUCCCACUAGGAGGAGUUGAGUGCCUUUUGGGUAGUAACAGUUGUCUUAAGAGUAUAGACAAUUUGUAUAAAAGCGUAGUGGAUUUUAUCGAUGACAAGUAUUGGGUGAGUCCAAGUAUCAAAAAUAGGGUGAUGAAACCCAAUCUACCUAAAGGUUAUGUUUCCGAAGGUACGAUUCUUCCUCUUAGUGAACAAGUUACUCUAUAUUACCAUCGGGAUAUGAACCAGAAAAAAGAAUGGUUGUCAUAUUCAAUCGGAAAAGAUUCGGGAUUGUUCCGUGAAACGGUGUUCCGUCGAGGCCAAGAGAAUUUUGUUAGAGGAACAAAAAUGUACAUGGUGACCGAUGAUUUAACCGUGACUCCUAUGUGUAUGACCUCAACCCUUUCUAUACUGAAGAAAAUGGAAAUCCCUUUAUCUGAUGUCAAAGAAGUCGAGGUGCGCGUUGGAUUGCAAGAGGUAAUUAAUAUAAUUUUAUUUUAUAAUAUCUCGUGUUUAAUUUAUUUAUAUUUUCUCAUGCAUUCAUGUCGAGAUUCGAUUUGGGUGCAGGCUUUAAGCAUACUGAAGGCAUCUCUUACAUCGACGUCUGCUCUGACCGAUGGCCUGAAGAUCAAUAGUAUGUUUAAGAAACAGCCUAACCAUGCAAGAGCAUUUAUAAGGCGGUUUGCAAAAUUGUUUAAUUAGUAAUUUUAUCUGCAACAUGCAUGGAUUAUUUUGUUUCACGUUUCACGUCUCACGUUUCAGCAGUACUAUGCAAGUUGUAGUUUACUUCAUUGUUCAAGUAACUGAUAAUUUAGUUAAUAUUUACUGAAAUUGUGUUUUCUGAUCGGAAUUGUUUUAUGGUCAUAAUAAUAAGGAUAGAUUAAAAGAUUUAUUGAGUUUUGGUCCUUUAAUUAUUUAUAUUAUAAUUGCCUCACAGAAUUUGUAUUUUGUUAUGCAAUGUUCUAUUGUA